UAAUUGUCGGCGUGAAAAUUCAUGAAAGUUGACGCCACGACGACGCGCUUGCAAGAGUUUUUCGUUUCAAAAGACGGUUACGAAGAUAUUUUACGCAAAAUUAAAUACGUAGUUAUUAAUAAAAGUAACCGGUUUUCUUCUGAAUAGGAAACUAAUUGUGUUCAUGUUACUAUAGUCAUUAGUGCUUGUUAAAAAUGAGUCGAAGAAGAGCUCACGAUGAUGACGAUGGAUACGAUCGAGUAUACAAGAAACGUAGGCGAGUUUCAGAAAAUCAAGAGAUUGAAGAUCGUCUUGAAUCUCUUAUUCUUCGAGUUGGAGAGAAAUCUACAUCAUCCUUGGAAAGUAACUUGGAGGGCUUAGCAUCCGUAUUGGAAGCUGACUUGGGAUUAUUUAGAAAUAAGAUUCUUAGAAUUCUGACUGACUGUGCUAUUAAAAUGCCAGAAAAAUGCACAAUUUAUACUACGCUUGUUGGCUUACUUAAUGCAAAGAAUUUCAACUUUGGAGGAGAGUUUGUAGACUACAUGGUCAAAAAUUUCAAAGAUGCGUUAAAAUCAGGCAAAUGGGAUGUAGCUCGAUAUUCACUGAGAUUUUUAUCUGAUUUGGUCAACUGCCAUGUAUUAUCUUGUGGUUCAUUGAUGCAGUUGUUUGACAGUAUGCUUGACACAGCCAAUGAGGACAGUGUACCUCAAGUUAGAAGAGAUUGGUAUGUUUAUGCUGUUUUAUCAACAUUACCAUGGGUUGGAAGAGAACUUUAUGAAAAGAAAGAACAAGAACUUGAUCACCUUAUGGUUACAAUUGAAGUUUUUCUAAAUAAGAGAAAUAAAAAACAUCAACCUGCUCUCAGAGUUUGGUCAAGUGAUACACCACAUCCACAAGAAGAAUAUUUAGAUUGUCUUUGGGCCCAAAUACGAAAAUUGAGGCAAGAUAACUGGGCUGAAAAACAUAUUCCAAGACCAUACUUGGCAUUUGACUCGAUAUUAUGUGAAGCUCUUCAACACAACUUGCCUGCACUGAUUCCACCUCCUCAUCAUGAUGCUUAUGUCUAUCCUCUACCAACAGUAGUUUUUAGAAUGUUUGACUAUACGGAUUGCCCAGCUGAAGGUCCUUUAUUACCCGGAAGCCAUGCCAUUGAAAGACACCUUAUAGAAGAACAUCUAAGACAAAUUAUUGAUACAGUUUAUUUAGAAAGAAAAGAUUGUGCUGCACAGCUUUUGAAUUUCCCGUAUAAAAAUAAAAUUCCUUUAGAUUAUUGCAUUGUAGAAGUUAUGUUUGGUGAAUUGUUCAAACUUCCAACACCAAAACACUUAGAAAUAUGUUAUGGAUCAAUUUUGAUCGAGCUUUGUAAGCUGCAACCAUCAACCAUGCCUCAGGUAUUAGCUCAAGCUACAGAGAUAUUAUUUAGACGUAUUGACAGUAUGUCAACUACAGCAUUUGAUCGUUUCGUCUGGUGGUUUGCUUAUCACUUAAGCAAUUUCCAGUUUAGAUGGUCUUGGGAAGAUUGGGAUUCUUGUUUACUUCGUGAUGCUGAACAUCCAAGACCAAAAUUCAUUCGUGAAGUUUUGUUAAAAUGCUUGAGGUUAUCAUACCAUCAACGAAUUCGUGAUAUGAUGCCAGAAUCAUAUGCCGAACUGUUACCAGCUAUACCAGAACCAAUUUAUAAAUAUUCUUCAGAUGGCGCCAGUUCACUUCCCGGUACUGCUGUGGCUCAUGAACUGGUAGUAUCUAUCAGACGUAAAUGUACUCCAGAAGAGGUGUUGACUAUAUUGAAUACUUUGCCAGGACCAGGAGAAAAUGAAGAAAAUUACUCAUAUAAUCCUUUGAAGAUUGAUGUUUUUGUACAGACAUUACUAAAUUUAGGCUCAAAAAGUUUUAGUCACAGUUUUGCAGCCAUUGGAAAAUUUCACUAUGUCUUUAAAGUUCUUGCUGAAACUGAAGAAGCACAAAUCUGUAUUUUAAGGAAUAUGUAUGCUUUGUGGAAAAAUCAUUAUCAAAUGAUGGUGGUGUUAACAGACAAACUUUUAAAAACUGGGAUAAUCGAAUGUAGCGCUAUUGCUAAUUGGAUCUUCUCAAAGGAAAUGACUGCAGAAUUUACUAAGCUUUACAUUUGGGAAAUUUUGCACUUAACAAUCCGAAAGAAAAAUAAACACGUUAUUAAGUUGACCAAGGAAUUGACAGAAGCAAGAGAGAAAUUAAGACGUGCAGAAAGCAGAUCAGGAUCAUCCUCAGAAGAUGAAGAUAAAGAUAAAGGAGAAAGACCAUCUGAAGAUGUAGUGGAAAGAAUGGAAGAAAAAUUAGAAGCAGCUCAAGCUGAUCAAAAGAAUCUAUUCUUGAUCAUUUUCCAGCGAUUUAUAAUGAUACUUUCCGAACAUUUGGUAAAAUGCGAUACAGAUGGUAUUGAUUAUAAUACACAUUGGUAUAAGUGGACGAUCGGAAGGCUUCAACAAGUUUUUCUUACGCAUCACGAGCAAGUACAGAAGUAUUCUUCUACGUUAGAAACACUACUUUUUACUCCCGACGUAGAUUCACAUAUAUUAGACGUAUUCCAUCAGUUUGUUUCUCUACGAGCGUGAUUACUAAUACGUCUCUUUAUUUUCA